UGAGGGCGUGGCCUUGCGCUGCCGGGGCGGGGACUACUUCGGGCCACGCCCCCACUCUGCUUGAGGCCAAGGGCACCGCACCUACACUUCCGCUGCGCACUGCGUUCUGCAACAGCCGAGCAAAGGCGAUCCAGGGUCAGGAUGGCCGUCCUCUCUAAGGAAUACGGUUUCGUGAUUCUAACUGGUGCCGCCAGCUUCAUAAUGGUAACUCAUCUGGCCAUCAACGUUAGCAAGGCCCGCAAGAAGUACAAAGUGGAGUAUCCUACCAUGUACAGCACCGACCCUGAAAACGGACACCUCUUCAACUGCAUUCAGCGAGCCCACCAGAACACGUUGGAAGUGUACCCUCCCUUCUUAUUUUUUCUAGCUGUCGGAGGUGUUUACCACCCACGUGUAGUUUCUGGCUUGGGCUUGGCCUGGAUUGUUGGACGAGUUCUUUAUGCUUAUGGCUAUUACACAGGAGAACCCAAAAAGCGGAAACGGGGAGCCCUGAGUUUCAUCGCCCUCAUUGGCCUGAUGGGCACCACUGUGUGCUCUGCCUUCCAGCAUCUUGGUUGGGUUAGAACUGGCUUGAGCGGUGGGUGCAAGAGCUGCCAUUAAAGAAUUAUAGGGUGUUUUGAAAGUCUCGUUCAUUUUGAGUGACUGACUUUUAUUUCAGUUAUUUUCUUUUCCUAAAUAAAAACUUACCUGGCGUCAGCCUCAUACCUAA